GGCGGCGGCGGGGCCGGGGGAGGCUGAUGCCGAUGUCGCGGCGCAGCGCGCGGCGCGCCGGGCCCCCCGCGGCGGGGGGGCAGCUCCUGACUUCCUCCCCUGCCUCCUCCUCCUCCUCGCCUCGGCGUGCAGCGCCGGUGAAGAUGGCGAGGGCGGCGGAGCGCGGCGGAGCGUGGCCGGCCCUGCUGCUCCUGCUGCCGCUGCUGCCGCCUCCCGCCGCCGCCGCCCGCCCGGCCGCCUCCUUCCCCGGCGACGUGAACGGGCACAGCCUGCACCCGCCCUACUUCAACCUGGCCGAGGGCACCCGCAUCGCCGCCACCGCCACCUGCGGCGAGGAGGCGGCGGGCGGCCGCGCCGUGGAGGACCUCUACUGCAAGCUGGUGGGCGGCCCGGUGGCGGGGGGGGACCCCAGCCAGACCAUCCAGGGCCAGUACUGCGACAUCUGCUCCUCUGCAAACAGCAACAAGGCUCAUCCCAUAACCAAUGCCAUCGAUGGGACCGAGCGCUGGUGGCAGAGCCCCCCUCUCUCCAGGGGGCUGGAGUUCAACCAAGUCAACGUCACCCUGGACCUUGGACAGCUCUUCCACGUGGCCUACGUCCUGAUCAAAUUUGCCAAUUCUCCCCGUCCUGACCUCUGGGUGCUGGAGCGGUCCACUGACUUCGGCCUUACCUACGAGCCCUGGCAGUAUUUUGCCUCUUCCAAGAGGGACUGCAUAGAGAAGUUUGGCCUGCACACGGUGGAUCGUAUCACCAAGGACGACCAUGCCAUCUGCACUACUGAAUAUUCCCGGAUCGUGCCUUUGGAAAACGGGGAGAUUGUCGUCUCGCUGGUAAACGGGCGCCCGGGAGCCAUGAACUUCUCCUAUUCUCCUCUCCUACGGAAUUUCACUAAAGCCACCAACAUCAGGCUGCGCUUCCUGCAGACAAACACGCUGCUGGGGCAUCUGAUGGGAAAAGCUUUAAGGGACCCUACUGUGACCAGGAGGUAUUACUACAGCAUCAAAGAUAUCAGCAUUGGAGGGCGCUGUGUCUGCCACGGCCACGCGGACGUCUGCGAUGCCAAAGACCCUAAUGACCCUUACAGGCUGCAGUGCGACUGCCAGCACAACACCUGCGGCGGCUCCUGCGACCGCUGCUGCCCGGGCUUCAACCAGUUCCCCUGGAAGCCAGCCACCGCCGACAGCGCAAACGAAUGCCAGCCCUGCAAUUGCAAUGGCCAUGCCUACGACUGCUACUACGACCCAGAGGUGGAUCGCCACAAAGCCAGCAGAAGUCGCGAAGACAAGUUUGAAGGGGGAGGUGUUUGCAUUGACUGCCAGCAUCACACUACGGGCAUUAACUGCGAGAGGUGCAUCCCGGGAUACUACCGGUCCCCCGAUCACCCGAUCGACUCUCCGUACAUUUGCUAUCGCUGCAACUGCGAGUCCGACUUCACGGACGGCACCUGCGAGGACCUCACCGGGCGCUGCUACUGCAAGCCCAGCUACACCGGGGAGCACUGCGAUGCCUGCGCCGAGGGGUACCUCGACUUCCCGCACUGCUACCCUAUUCCGGCUUUCGCUCACAACGAUACAGGAGAACAAGUGCUCCCUGCAGGACAGAUAAUAAACUGCGACUGCUACGCCGGCGGGACAGAGGGCAACGCCUGCCGCAAGGACCCGCGGGUGGGCAUGUGCGUGUGCAAGCCCAACUUCCAGGGAGCGCAUUGCGACCAGUGUGCGCCGGGCCACUACGGCCCCAGCUGCCAGCCCUGCCAGUGCUCCGGCCCCGGGCAGUACGACGGCACCUGCGACAGCGAGAGCGGGCAGUGUCGGUGCCGGACCGGCUUCGAGGGGCACGCGUGCAGCCAGUGCGCUCCCGGCUACUUCAACUACCCUCUGUGCCAGCUGUGCGGCUGCAGCGCCGUCGGGACGCUGCCGGGAGGCUGCGACGCCGCUGGGAGAUGUUUCUGCAAGCCGGAGUUCGACGGGCCUCACUGCGACCGCUGCAGCCCCGGACACCAUUCGUACCCCCACUGCUACGCUUGCUCCUGCGAUCCCCGCGGCUCGGUGGACAACGACUGCAGCCCCGCCGGGCAGUGCCGAUGCCACGCAAAUUUUGGGGGACACACCUGCAGCCAGUGCGCCCUGGGCUUCUACGGGUACCCCAGCUGCACGCCUUGCCAGUGCUCCGGGGAAGGCUCCCUCUACGGCACCUGCGACCAGGACACGGGGCAGUGCAGCUGCCGGCCCAAGGUGACGGGACUGCGCUGCGACGCCUGCGUGCCGGGGGCCUACGGAUUUCCGCACUGCGAAGUGGGCUCCUGUAACCCAGCAGGGCUGGUGCCUGCAGACCCCUCGCUGGCCCCGGGCUCCUGCGCGUGUCGGGCGUAUGUUGAAGGCCCAGCGUGUGACAGAUGCAAACCGCUGUACUGGAACCUGACUCCGGAGAACCCCUACGGCUGCAUGAGCUGCAGGUGCGAUACCGAGGGCACCGUCAGUGGCAUUGCAGAGUGUCAGCAGGGCAAUGGGCAGUGUUUCUGCAAACCAAACAUCUGCGGGCAGCUCUGCUCGACGUGCAAAGAUGGAUACUUCAACAUGGACAAAGCCAAUUACUUCGGCUGCCAAGGCUGCCAGUGCGACGUCGGCGGCUCGGUGGGACCCGCCUGCGAGGAGCGCACCGGAGCCUGUCCCUGCAGGCAGAGCACCCGCGGCCCCACGUGCACCCAACCUGCGAGGGACCAUUAUUUUCCCGACCUUCACCACUUGAAAUUCGAGCUGGAAGAAGGCACCACGCCGGCCGGCCGGGCUGUGCGCUUUGGCUACAACCCCCUGGAGUUUGAGAACUUCAGCUGGCGAGGAUACGCGCAGAUGUCUCCCAUCCAGCCCAAGGUAGUGGUGACUCUCAAUGUGACCUCCCCCGACCUCUUCCGCGUCGUCUUCCGCUACGUCAGCCGGGGGCCCGCCAGUGUGCAAGGGAGGGUCUCGGUCCUUGAGGAAGGAAAGUUUAAUGUGUGUGGCAACUGUACAGAGCAGACCAAGCAGAUCGUCUUUGCUCCCAGCACGGAACCCGCCUUUGUCACCGUCCCCCAGAACAGCUUUGGGGAGCCCUUCGUGCUCAACCCCAGCACCUGGUCUCUGGUGGUUGAGGCAGAGGGUGUGCUGCUGGACUAUCUGGUUUUGCUACCGAGCUCAUACUAUGAAGCUCCGAUACUGCAGCUGAAGGUCACAGAGCCAUGUACCUACCAGCCAGCCCCGGAAAGAGCCACGCAGAACUGCCUCUUGUAUAAGUACUUGGCUGUGGACGGCUUCCCCGCUGCGUCAGGAGUGGAGGCAGUGUGCAGGCUGGACAACCGGUUACCCAGAGCCUGUCCCACGGAGCAGCUCACCCCCUCCCAUCCCCGGAUGGCAGCAUGCAGCGGCAGUGACGUGGAAGUCCAGCUGUCUCUGCCUGUUCCCCAGCCCGGGGAAUACGUGCUGGUGGUGGAGUACGCCAACACCAACGCUUUGCAGACGGCGGGUGUUGCCGUGAGCUCGCCACACGUAGCCAUGCAGCAGGGCACGUUCACCUUCUACCUGUGUGUCUACAGUUUCCUUUGUCGAGGGAUGGCUGUAGAUUCUCAGAGCCGCCUGGCAACUUUUGAACUUACCUCGGAGGCAACCGUUCGGUUCACGGCUGAUCAGGCUGACUUCUUCCUGUACAAAGCGUACCUCGUACCUGCUGCGCGGUUCACCCCGGAGUUCAUCGAGCCGAAGGUGCACUGCAUCAGCGUCCACGGCACGUUCUCCUCCAACAGCAGUUCCUGCGUUCCCUCGCGGUUCCUGAAACUCUCUCAGUCGAUCGUUUUGGAGGGAGGCCAGGCUCUGCCCGUCGCCCCCGACACCCCCCUGGCUCAGGCGGUCCACGUCGUCCCAGCUGCUGUCCCCGUGGAGCCUGCGCCUCGGCCUCCCACCGCGGUGGACUCCUCGGCAGAGCUCAUCCUCCUGCAGCCCCCGCAGGCUGCCGUUGUGUUUAACAGUCGGAUCCAGACGCUGGGACGCUACGCUUUCAUCCUGCAUUAUUACCAGCCCAACCAUCCCACCUUCCCUGUGGAAGUGUUAAUCAAUGGUGGACGCAUUUGGCAAGGGGAGACCAAUGCUACCUUCUGCCCACAUGGCUACGGGUGCCGGAGCCUGGUAGUUUCUGAGAACCAGAUUAUCCUGGAUGUUACGGACCACGACCUGACCGUGAUUGUGCGAGUGCCGGAAGGCAAGCAGCUGUGGCUGGAUUACAUCCUCGUGGUGCCAGAAGAAAGCUACAGUUCUCAGUACCUGCAGGAGGAACCCCUGGACAAGUCCUAUGACUUCAUCAGCAGCUGUGGCAUCAACAGCUUCUACAUCAACCCCACCACGUCCUCGAGGUUCUGCCGCGAUUCCGCCAUCUCGCUCUCGCUCUUCUACAACGACGGGGCCCAGCCCUGCCGGUGCCACGAGGCCGGAGCGCGGGGCAGCCAGUGCGAGCCCUUCGGCGGGCAGUGUCCCUGCAAGCCCAACGUCAUCGGGCGGGAGUGCUCCCGCUGCGCCACCGGCUACUGGGGCUUCCCCAACUGCAGGCCUUGCGACUGUGGCACGCGUCUCUGUGAGGAGGUGACGGGGCAGUGCAUCUGCCCCCCGCACACGCUGAGGCCGGAGUGCGUGGUCUGCGAGCCCCAGACCUUCGGCUGCCACCCGCUCGUCGGCUGCGAGGACUGCAACUGCUCUCGGCCGGGUGUGCAGGAGCUGGCGGAGCCGGGCUGCGACGUGGACAGCGGGCAGUGCAGGUGCAAGCCCAACGUCGUAGGACGGCAAUGUGACCUCUGCGCCCCCGGCUACCACCGUUACCCCAACUGCCGGCCGUGCGACUGCCACCAGGCUGGCACCGAAGCCAGUGUGUGCGACCCGCUCACGGGGCAGUGUCACUGCAAGGAAAACGUGGAGGGCCCCAGGUGUGACCAGUGCCGCUUGGGGACGUUUUCUUUGGAUGCCAGCAACCCCAAGGGUUGCACCAAGUGUUUCUGCUUCGGAGCGACCGAUCGCUGCCGCAGUGCUGAGAAGUACCGAGCCGAGUUUGUCGACAUGAGCGGGUGGCUGCUGCUGAGCAGUGACCGCCACGAAGUGCCCACCACCCUGAGCCUGCGGGAGCAGCUCCUUCGUGCCGACCUCAAGACCCUCCCUGAGGCGUAUCAGGAGCUCUACUGGGUCGCGCCCAGCUCCUACCUCGGGGACCGGGUUUCAUCCUACGGUGGGCACCUGCGUUACGAGCUUCACUCAGACCCGCGGAGGGGGGACGUGUUCAUUCCCAUGGAGUCCCGCCCGGACGUGAUCCUGAAGGGAAAUCAGAUGAGCAUCAUGUUUCUGGAAGGCACCUACCCCUCGCCGGGGGAGGUGCACCAAGGCCAGCUGCAGCUGGUGGAGGAAAGCUUCAGGCACACGGAGACGCACAACCCGGUGUCCAGGGAGGAGCUCAUGAUGGUGCUGGCAAACCUGGAGCAGCUGCAGAUCCGGGCGCUCUUCUCGCAGCUCUCCUCCUCGGUGUCCCUGCGCCGCGUGGUCCUGGAGAUGGUGACGGAUACGGCCGCAGGCGCCCGUGCCAGCAACGUGGAGCUGUGCUUUUGUCCAGCCAACUACCAGGGAGACUCCUGCCAGGAAUGUGCUCCAGGUUACUACAGGGACACCAAGGGGCUCUUUCUGGGAAAAUGCAUCCCAUGUCAUUGCAACGGCCACUCAGAUCAGUGCCUGCCAGGGUCCGGGAUAUGCCUGAACUGCCAGCACAACACGGAGGGGGACCACUGCGAGCAGUGCAAGGAUGGCUACGUGGGCAGCCACUCGGCUGAAGGACUCUUGCAGUGUGUGGGAUGCCCGUGUCCUCUUUCGGUUGCCUCCAACAAUUUUGCCGUCGGCUGCGUCCACAAGGGCUCCAGCACGCAGUGUCUCUGCAAGCCCGGCUACGCUGGACCCAACUGCGAGCGGUGUGCCCCGGGCUACUACGGCAAUCCCUUGGUGAUCGGCAGCUCGUGCCAGCCCUGCGACUGCAGCGGGAACACGGAUCCCAACAUGCUGUUCAGCAGCUGCGACUCCCUGACGGGCGCCUGCACGGGCUGCGUGCAGCACACGGCCGGCGCGCGGUGCGAGGAGUGUGCCCCCGGCUACUACGGCGAUGCCGUGGCAGCCAAGAACUGCACACAGUGCAACUGUUCGCCUUGCGGGACCGACUCGUGCCAUCCGCGAAGCGGCCAGUGCUUCUGCAAGCCUGGAGUGACGGGCCAGCACUGCGACCGCUGCGAGGAGGGCUACUACGGCUUCGAGGGCUGCUCGGGCUGCCGGCGGUGCGACUGCGACGUGGGCUCCGUGGGACCCCGCUGCCAGGCGCAGACGGGCCAGUGCAGCUGCCUGCCCGGCGUGAGCGGCGCGCGCUGCCAGCAGUGUGCCCCCGGCUACUGGGGCUUCGGCCCCAGCGGCUGCACCAAGUGCGAGUGCAAAGGCGGCUCCUGCGACCCGCGCACGGGCGAGUGCACCUGCCCCAACGGCCUGGCAGGGAAGCAGUGCGACGUCUGCCUGCAGAAGCACCAGGUCCUCGUGGCCAACGGCCCGGACGGCACGAGGUGCGAAGUGUGCGACAGCUGUGUCCUGCUCCUGCUCGAAGAUCUGCAGAGCAUCGAGACGUCCUUCCCCUCCAUUCAGGGCCAGCUGGUUAACCUGAACGCCAGCUCCAUCGCCUGGGCUCGCCUCCACGGUUUCAACAGCACUAUGGCCACCAUCACUAGCCACCUGCGCGAGUACCAGCGAGCCCUAAGCAAGGUCAGGCAAAGGGUGGACGAGCUGGAGGACGAGAACGUGGACCUCACGCAGGACCUCAAUGCACUGCAGCACAAAAUGACAAUGACUCAAAGAGAAGCAAACCAUUUAGAGCAGCACACAAGAGCGACUUACCAGAGGGGGGAACAGCUCCUGCGAGAUGUCCAAAGCAUCCAGAAAAGCAUUGCAGACCUGAUGCAGCAGAUGGCCAAGUUUGGGAUGGCAAAUGCCAGCACCACCUCCACCGAGGAGUUCCGGCAGAAGAUGGCCGAGGUGGAGAGGAUGCUGAAGGAGAUGAAGGAGCGGAGUUUUGGCAGCCAUGAAGCGCUGGCAAGGCAGGAGCAUGAGGAGGCUCAGAAGCUGCUGCAUCACGUGAAGAACGAGCUGUACGCCCGCUGGCAGGCUAACCAGGACCUGGUGAGCAGCAUCCGAGCGCGGCUGGCUCAGCACAGCUCUGAGCUAAUGGACCUCCGUGACGCCCUCAACGAGGCUGUGAACAAAACCAGGCAGACAGAGGACUUGAACAGCCUGAAUCGCAACAACCUGGAGGAGAGUCAGCAAAAGAGCCGGGAACUCCAAAAGCAGUACGGGGUGGUGCAGGACACCCUGAGGAUGGCCAAGGACUCGCUGGCACAGGUCUCCAACUUCCUGCAGAAGAUGGAGGGUGCAAAGGAGGAGUACGAGAGGUUGGCAGCUCUGCUGGAUGGGGCCAAGCUGCCCCUGACGGAGCGGGUGAAGAAGUUCUCCCCAGCCAGCAGCAAGAUCCCAAUCGUAGAGCAGGCUGAGGAGCAUGCCCGGCUCCUGGACGAGCUUGCAAGGAACCUGUCCAGCAUUAUCCAGGGCACGAACCAGGAUGGCUUCAUCCAGCGAGCGAUUGACGCCUCCAACGCCUAUGCCAGCAUCAUCGAAGCUGUGAAAAAAGCCGAGCGAGCUGCCCACGAUGCCAACGAGGCGGCCAGCGAGGCUUUGAUGAACGUCAUGUCAGAAAACCUCGGGGCCAUCUCUAAAGAACUGAAGAAGAACAGCAGCAACCUUGAAGAGGCUGUGAAGAGAGAGCAGAGAAAACUCAACGGGGCUAUUAAAGGCACUCUGCAGGCAGCAAAGGACAAACUUGCUGACCUCCGCGUGAAGAAGGAAGAGCUCCUGAGCCAGCUCCAGUCCGUACAGGACACGCUGGGCAGGGACCAAGAGGACACGAAGGAGGCAAUCCAGAAUGCCAAAGCAGCAGCAGCCAAGGCCAAUGAAACAGCUGCGGGAGUGGAAGAUACCCUGAACACCAUGAAAAAGAACCUGGAUGAAUGGAAAAACCAAUACGGAGACCUUCGAAACGAAGACCUGAACCAGGCAGUCCAGGACGCCAGGAAGUCCGUGUCCAGUCUGGAAAGCACCAUCCCGCUGCUGCUGGGGAAGCUGAGCAGCCUGGAGAACAGGAGGAACAAGAACGCCACCGUGUCGGAGAACAUCGUGCGGAUCCGGCAGCUCAUUACGCAGGCGAGGAACGCGGCGAGUAAGGUGAAAGUCCCCAUGAAGUUCAACGGCAGCUCAGGCGUACAGGUCCGCAUGCCCAGCAACCUGCAGGACUUGGCAGCCUACACGUCCCUCAAGUUCUACAUCCAGAACCCCGAGCCCAAGGCCAGGCAGCAGCACCAGGACGGGGCUGAAGAGGGGCGGUUCGUGCUGUACCUGGGCAGCCGAGAGGCCUCCGGAGACUACCUGGGCAUCGUGCUCAAGGACCGCAAAGUGCAGUGGGUCUACAAACUGGGAGACGAGGACCCGGCCUCCCUGACUGUCGACGAGGAGAUUGGAGAGCAGUUUGCCACCAUCAGCAUCAACAGGAUCCUGCAGUACGGACACAUGUCGGUGAUCGUGGAGAGGCAGACGGUGCAUGAGACCAAGGGAGACAGCGUCGCCAAGGGGGAGCAGGGGCUGCUCAACCUGGACCCACGCAGCGUGGUCUUCUAUGUGGGCGGCUACCCCUCCAGCUUCACGCCCCCUCCCACUUUGCGCUACCCCAACUACCGUGGAUGCCUGGAGCUGGACACGCUGAACGAGGAGGUGGUGAGUCUGUACAACUUCCAGCGCACCUUCCAGUUGGACACCACUGCGGAGAAGCCCUGCGCAAGGUCCAAGUCCACAGGAGACCCCUGGCUGACAGACGGCUCCUACUUUGACGGCACCGGUUACGCGGAGAUCAAGUUUGAGAGCCAGUUUGGCACGACCAAGCGCUUUGAGCAGGAGAUCCGGGUGGUCUCCUACAACGGCAUCCUCUUCUUCCUGGAGAACGAGGGACAGUUCCUGUGUCUGGCCAUCCGGGACGGGAAGCUGGUGCUUUACUACGACUUCAGCGGUGGCCUGGAGAUGGCAAAACCCAGCAGCAACUCCUCGUCCCUCGCCAUCGGCAGCACCGCAAACCAAGCGAUCCAGAUUUUCCUCCUCAAAAUGAGCAAUAAGAAACGCAUCCUUGUGCGGCUGGAGCGACUCACCAUCUUCAUGGUGGAGCAGGAGAACUCCCUGGAGAAUGCUGUCUCCUACUACCUGGGUGGCGUGCCCCCGGCUGUGCUGCCCUCCAGCUUGAAAGCGCUGUUCCCCACAGGGGGGUCCAUCCGGGGCUGCAUGAAGGGCUUGAAGGCUCUCGGCAAGUACGUCGACUUGAAGCGCAUGAGCACGGUCGGCGUGAGCUACGGGUGCACCUCGGACCUCCUGGUGGCUCGCUCCAUUACCUUCCACGGCCACGGCUACUUGACCCUGUCCCUGAAGAACGUGCCCCAGCUGCAGGACUUCUACAGCGGCUUCAGUUUCCGGACCAGCCAGCGCGAGGGGCUGCUCUACCACCACGGCACCCAGGAGGGGACCUGCCAGGUGUCUCUCAAGGGGGGCCAGCUGGCCUUGAACGUGCUGAAAACCGAAUUCACCACGAGAAACGCUUACGCGGACGACAGGACCCACUACGUGGCCUUCUACAGCGACGUCCGCGGGGUCCGGCUCUACGUGGACGACGAGCUGCAGGAGGCCGUGCCGGGAGCGGGGCCCAGCCGGAGGCAGCGGCGGCAGGAGGAGCGGCAGCUCUUCCAGCUCGGGGGCUCGCCGGAGCCGGGCGCCCUCAGCAACCUGAGCGGCUGCAUCAGCAACGUCUUCGUGAAGCGGAAGCUGGACCCCCAGAUGGUCGUGGACCUGCAGCAGAACGUGCGGAGCGUCAACGUCACCAUGAGCUGUCCCUGGGGGGAGCGGCCGCAGCAGCUCAGAGUCGCUUCGAAGAAGGACAGGCGGAAACCCAAGCCCCCGGGCAAGGCUGCCUCGAAGGACCGGCGCCACGACCAGGGCAGCGGCUGCCAGCUGCCCCUGCACCCCCGCGCGGCGAGAGGCAGCUUCCAGUUCGGGGGGUCCCCAAGCAGCCGCUGGGAGUUCGAGGAGAUCCCGGGCUCCUUCCGCGAGAGGUCCUAUUUCUCCCUGGAGGUGAAGCUCAGCUCCUCUAACGGGCUGCUCUUCUACGUCGCCGGCGAGCGGGGCACCUUCCUGGCGCUCAUCGUCUCCAACGGGCGCUUCGUGCUCCUGGCAGACCUUGGCGGGCGCCGGCUGCGGAUCCGCAGCAAAGACAAGUACCGGGACCGGCGGUGGCACACGGUCUUCUUCAGCCGCGACCAGAGCCGAGCCCAGCUGGUCAUCGAUGGGCUGCGAGCCCAGGAGGCCACUGUGACCGCCGCAGGACACUUCCUAGCCCAGACUCCCUUCUACGUGGGGGGAAUGCCAGCUGGGAUGGCCAAGGCUCAUGUCCCGGUUGCUUCUACCUCCAGCUUCAACGGGUGCCUGAGGAACCUGCAGCUGGAUGGGAGGCCCCUGGGCCCCCCCUCACACACCGUCGCAGUGACACCGUGCUACGAGGGAGCCCAGGAGAGCGGCGUCUUCUUCUCUGCAGAGGGCGGGUCCAUCAUCCUAGCUGACACAGUGACAACGGGGCAGGACUUGGAGGUGACACUGGAGGUCCGUCCCCGCAGCGCCUCUGGCCUCGUCUUCCACAUCGGCACGAGGAGGAACCCCCACCUCCAGCUGUACAUGGACGAGACAAAGGUCACCGCAAGUGCCAGCACCGGGGCUGACGAGUUCUCGACGUCGGUGGCUCGCCCGGCUCUCUGCGACGGGCGGUGGCACACCAUUACAGUUAUCAAAAGGAAAAACAUAAUCCAGAUUGAUGUGGACACAGAAGGAAACUACACAGUGGGCCCCAGCCAGAGGUCCCAGCCCCCUGCACCCGGUGCCAGGGCGACGUUCCACCUGGGAGGGCUGCCAGAGACAGCCAAGGCCGGCACAGCAUGGCCAUUGCCUCCCCUCCCUCAUUACGUGGGCUGUAUAAGGAAUCUGGUGAUUAACAGGAGCCACAUGAGCUUGCUGCAAACCAGGACUGUCAGGGGCUCAGUCAGCCUUAAGGGUUGCCCCAUGCUCUAAGUGCACCUCAGUGUAAAGUCUGACCGACAGAAAGCUGCACUGCUCUCUGGGCCCCAGCUGUUACUUACUAGAUUUGAUUAACAGUGGUCAAACAUACUUGAUCUCCAGCAACUGCAGAGCAAGCCUGCAGGUGCAAGUCAGGGGCCAAAAGCAGAGAGGGGCCAGGUAUCUAUGGGGAAGGAGGGCAGGGGAGAAAGGUGGGGAGAAGGGGGCACUUCAGGGACAUCUUUUACAAAUGGAACCAAAAAGUUUGAACAGGAGAUAGGGCUAACUAACUCCUUUACCAGUGGUCGAGCAUCUGCAGCAGGACUCUUUCUGAUGCGUGGCUCAUGUCGUCUACAGAGCACGGGCUUAAGCAGUCAGCAGCCAUGCACUCACACAGCCUAAAUCCUGUUCCCUUUUCCCCACACUUCAAUGCACAUAGAUUUUAGUUCACAGAAUACUUGAGGCUAUUAGUAACAGUCACAGACUGUCUUCUGCUAAAGGCUCUAGGCAGCCUGUUUUAUAAUAAAUGCAAUUAGGACAAACUGGAUUAAUUCUGUCACUUUUGUGUUUUUACAAGCAAGGAUACAUUUAACCCCCAAGGUCACUGUCAGUUCACCUGCCACUGCUAUGCAAAGAGCUCUGCAAGGGCGGGGCUUCAAGACAAAAAUCUGUUUACAGAACCAGCCUCUUCUGUUCAGAUUAAUUCAAAACAAUCAGAAAAAAAAAGACAAGGCUGGAAGAACUGCUGAGGGAAAGACGAAAGACAUCACAAAUGCCACGCCUAAAUUCAUAACUCUGCACUUACACUCACUGCCAUUAGAUACACUGGCAAAAGUCCUGUUGUAUGAAGUAAGAAAGUGUAGCUUGAAAGGGAAGAAAUAAAGAAAGGUUACCUCUAAGCCUGGCUAGGUUUGAGAUAUGUCAUUUUGCCCUCACCUGCCCUUCCAACAGUUACCUUCUCCUGUUUGGCUUAACUCACUCCUAUUGUAGUGCAGUUUUCACUUGAAAUCAAAACCAUUUUCUCCCAAGCCACCUAGUUCACUUGUGCACUUACACAUCAUAUAUAUAUUUGUGUGUGUGUAUAUAUAUAUAUCUAGACACAUGGGGACAAAAUCUUGCUUCUGAAAUGGACUUAUAACUUAUAUCAUUAUAUUGUUUUUUAUGAGGGGUAAAUAUUGUAAAAUGGGUUUUUAACAUGUCUAUCUUAAAUGUAAUUAUGACCUGUUUUUAAGUUGUAGUAUUAAAGAUGGUCUUUGUAAAUCAGUGGUACAUACUUUGGAGCUGAAUAAAGUUUUAUGUUACUCUUUCA